AUGGCCGACGAACGUCGGAAGCAGGUGCUGAUAUCCCGUCGCACCACGUUGCUCGCCUCGCUAGGACGUGCGGAGCAAUUCAUGACGCAAUACCAAGAGGAACGGGGCAAGCUCGAGGUGGAUUUGCGGUUGAAAAACCUGGACGUGCUUUGGCAGGGGUUGGAAGAAGCUCAAGCUGAAUUAGAGGACACAGAGGAGGAAAAAGAAGGCAUGGUGAGAAAUUUAUCGUACCGCUCUAACUUCGAAUCUCAACUCUUCAAAAUAAAAGCUUUUCUACGCUCUAAACUUCCGGCUCCUAUUUCUAUGCAAUCCAAUCUCCCUCAAAUAACCGCUACUGGGGUUCCUUCCACUCUAAAGGGUCUAAAACUGCCUACUAUCUCAUUGCUUGAGUUCUCCGGGGACUAUAAAGACCGGGUACCUUUUUACGGUACGUUUUUGGCUCUAAUUCAUACGAAUCUGGAGGUGACAGAUAUCCAGAAAUGUCAUUAUUUGCGAGCUGCUGUAAAGGGUGAGGCCGCGCAACUCAUCGAGUCGAUUGGGAUCAGUGUGGCCAAUUACCAGUUGGCAUGGGAUGCUCUUGUCAACCGUUAUGCGAACGAAUACCUGCUGAGGAAACGUCAUCUACAAGCUUUGUUGGACUGUCUGACGAUGAAGCGAGAGUCUGCAUCCGCCCUGCAUGCAAUAGUUGACGAUUUUGAAAGGCAUGUGAACAUUCUUGGUCAACUAGUUGAACCGGUGGAGUCAUGGAGCACCAUGCUGGAGCACAUCUUGUGUACACGGUUGCAUGAUGACACUUUAAAAGCGUGGGGAGAUUAUUCGUCCGCUUUGAAUGCUGUUACCUACAAGCACCUUGUCGAAUUCCUACAGCGUCGUAUGCGGUCCUCGAAUCGAUUUCCGUCAAUCAGCACCAUCAACCAAAGCCAGGGCAGCACCCAGCCUCCAAAGUCCCUAAAACGUCAUUCCCGAUGA